AUGUCAUCUGGAUCCACCCCGACUUCAGUAACUCCGGAAGAGCUCGUCCGCAAUUCUGCAGACGAGAAUGUUCCUUGGGUAGUCCAAAAAUACGGCGGAACUUCUGUUGGAAAGAGUCUGGACAGUAUCACCAAGAUUGUAGAGUCAUACAUAGCAAAUAACACGAAAGUGGCUUUGGUCUGUUCAGCAAGAUCAUCACAUACAAAAGCACUUGGAACCACCAAUUUACUAUUACAAGCUUCGCGUGAAGCUUUGCAUCCUCCAUCUUCAUCUGAACUGAAUAAAGAUUCAUCAAAUCCAUCAGGAGCCAACACGCCUUUUUUCCCUAAACGAGUCGGAUCAGGCUUUUUCGGUAAUGGCAAUAGCAAUGGCUCUGGUACAGGAAGCAGUAACAAAGACUUUUCGAUAUCAUCAUCAAUUUCAUCAUUGACUCAAUCAGAUUUGAAUUUGAAUAGAUCAUCAUCUCCAAGUCCUUUCACACCUUCUUCUUCUACAAAGGGAAGAUCACGUUCACCGCCUAAAUCACCCACUACACCUGCAGGAGCAGCAUUAGUAGAAGAUACUCAAGAGGGAUUCCAUAAUACCGUAGACCUAAUCAAGAAAGGUCAUCUGGAAGCCGCUAGAAAAACUCUUAGACCAGGACCAUUGAGAGAUGAAUUGGAAGAUGAAAUCGAGAAAGAUUGUGAAAGCUUGAGAGGUUUCUUAUACGCCGCACAAAUCAUAGAUGAAAUCAGUCCCAGAAGUCAAGAUUCCAUCGUUGGGACUGGAGAAAGAUUGGCUUGUAAGAUCGUUGCUGCUGCGUUGAGGGAUAGAGGAGUGGACUCGGAAUUAGUGGUUCUGGAUAGCAUAGUCGAUUCAUCAUUCGCAGCUGUCGGUGGAGAUGCUGCUUUGACAGCGUCAGGAGAUCAAGGUGUUUCCCAAUUGGGACAAGAAUUUUAUACACAUCUAGCAGUGAAAUUGGGUGAAAGGUUGAGGGAGUGUGGACAGAGAAUACCCGUUGUUACUGGAUAUUUCGGACCUGUACCAGGAUCCCUUCUCGCUCAAAUCGGUCGAGGAUAUACAGAUUUGUGUGCAGCAUUAUGUGCAGUCGGACUAAAAGCAUCAGAACUUCAAGUAUGGAAAGAAGUAGAUGGUAUUUUCACUGCUGAUCCGAGAAAAGUACCUUCAGCAAGAUUAGUACCUAUUAUCACACCUGAUGAAGCUGCAGAAUUAACUUAUUAUGGAUCAGAAGUUAUACAUCCUUUCACGAUGGAACAAGUGAUCAGAGCUAGAAUACCAAUCAGAAUUAAAAACGUGGAAAAUCCGUCUGGAGAAGGAACGAUCAUCUAUCCAGAUGAAUCAUUCCCAAGAUCAUUACAGAGCGAAAAACCAACAUCAUCAAAAGGUACCGAAUUCGAAUUGACUGUGGAAGAAAGGAUGCCUACUGCUGUGACCAUAAAAGAUUCUAUCAUAGUUUUAAACAUUCAUUCAAAUAGAAAAACUCUGUCUCAUGGUUUCUUAGCUAGAAUAUUCGGUACAUUGGAUAGAGCAGGUGUCGUCGUUGAUUUAAUCAGUACAAGUGAAGUUCACGUAUCAAUGGCAAUGCAAUCGUUCACUCAUCGACACCGACUCACUCGAUUAACAGCAGACCUAGAGAAGAUUGGUGACGUAUCAGUUUCCAAGGAAAUGGCAAUCUUAUCUUUGGUAGGGAGGAACAUGAGAAACGCAAUUGGUUCAGCAGGAGCAAUGUUUACCGCUUUAGCAAAAGCUGGUGUGAAUAUCGAAAUGAUCAGUCAAGGUGCUAGUGAAAUAAAUAUCUCAUGUGUGAUAGAAGAAAAAGACGCUAUAAAAGCAUUGAACGUAAUUCACGAUUCAUGUUUGACUUAUCCUCCUUCACCGUUACGUCCGAAUGCAGGAUUACAACUGAAAGCUUAG